UCUCAUUCAAGCUGUGUUGACAUUUUCGGGCUUCCGUAGAAAGGUCCGGAAGAAACACACUUAGCAUGCACGUUAGCACGUAGCUUUCCGAGACUUCCUUUUUAUGGUCAUGAGGUUAAAAAUAAAUAAAUACAAAUAAACAAUGACUUGUGCCGACCACCGCUCCAUCUUUGACCUGUGCCCAAGUGAUGAUGCUUUCACCGGGCUGAGGGAAGUCCUGAAGCAGGUUGCAAACACUGACCCAGCCUUGGAGGAGUCGGAAGACAAAUCACCCGAGGAUGACAGCCAGCGCGAGUCCAGCCUGGUUAGAGAGGUGUCAGGCAAGAUGGUCUGCUCAGCCUGCAGAUGCACCUUUAGUAAUCGUGAGGAGCAGAUGGAGCACUACAAACUCGACUGGCAUCGCUUCAACUUGAGACUGAAGAUUUCGGGAAUGCCACCAGUCACAGCUGAGGAGUUUGAGAGGAAGACUGGAGCUGGAGACAUGUCGAGUAUCUCGGGCUCAGAGUCCGAUUCAGAGGAAGGAGACUCAGACAGUGACAGCGGGGGAACAAGCAGCAAUGUAAACGGGACAGAUAAUGAGAGCUCAGCUGAAACUGGUCUAAUUAGCGCCCGGGCCUCCAGCAAGGUUGUUUUCCAGAACUCAGCAGGACAGUAUCUAUCAGUCUACCGCUGCAUUCUGCAGGGCAAGUCAGAUGAUGAGCAAGAUGCAGGAAGGUCCCUGAAGGCCAUAAGUAACAAGACUGUGUGGGUCAUCAUCAUGACAGGUGGAGGCCACUUUGCUGGUGCUGUGUUCAGAGGAAAAGAAGUUCUUCAGCACAAGACUUUCCAUCGGUACACAGUGCGAGCGAAGCGAGGCACCGCUCAAGGACUCAGAGACUCUCAAAACCGCAGUCACACACCAAAGUCUGCAGGAGCUGCUUUGAGGCGACACAACGAGGCAGCGCUUGUCAAGGAUAUUCAGGAUCUCCUGGUAAGCUGGGCUGAACACUUGAAGGAGGCGUCUGCCAUAUUUGUACGAGCCCCUAGCUACAAUAAAACCAUCUUUUUUGGUGGUCGCGCAGCUCCUCUUGACAAAAAAGAUCCCAGGAUCCGCACACUUCCCUUUGCCACACGCAGGGCAACCUUUCGAGAGACACAGAGGGUACAUGAGGUGCUUUCCACCGUCCAUAUUUACGGGAAAGACACAGACAUGUCUGCAGUCUUCAGUCCAUCUAAGAAGGCCUGGAAGAAAACUGUCAAACCUGCAGCGCAAAUAAAUACAGAUCAAGAGAAAGCAGAAGAAAACAAUGAUAGCUCCGAUAAAGAAGAGGACGGAGAGAUCCAGCUGGAGAUGGUGGAAAUGACUUUAGGAACUCUGGACCUCAGGGAGUCUGAAAUCUAUCCCCCCAGGCACAGGCGAAGGAGGAGAAGGAAGAGGGAGGAAACCCAAAUACAAAAUGAAGAAUUGAGCAACACCGAAGCAGACGAUCGUGAAGAGGAGAUGCCAGAGGCUGUACCGGCAGGAGACGCUGCUCCAGAGACACAAUCAAAGAAGAGGAAGAGGAAAGCACAGAGCAAGAAACAACUCAAAGAAAUGGUUGAUGAAUCAUGGGAGUACAGCCUGAGGGAUGCCCUGUAUACUGCGUGUAAGGUUGGGGACGUGGACUCUGUAUGCAGACUCCUCCAGCUACCUGCUGCAGAAAGUCAAGAGAGGCCUGAGAGCAACACUUCUGAUGUCAAAAGUCCUUUAACUCUCCUUAAUAAACCCAUCGACUCAUCAGGGUUCACGUUGCUGCAUGUUGCCUCAGCAGCUGCGCAAAAGGCAGUCGUGAGGCUGCUCAUGGACGCAGGAGCAGACCCAGCCUGCAGGGACAACAAGGGGCAGACCCCGUAUAUUGUCGCCCCUGACAAAGACACAAGGAGUAUCUUCCGUAAAUAUAUGGGUGAGAAUCCUGACAAAUAUGACUACAGCAAAGCACAGGUCCCUGGGCCACUAACGGCUGAGAUUGAAUCCAAACAGUCAGAGAAGAAAAAGGCACAAAAGGCCUUGAGAAAACAGCGAGGAAAAGAGCAGAAGGAGGAAAAGAGGAAACAAGAGCAGGAGGCAGAGGAAAAGAAGAGGUUUGCAUCUCUGAGUGACCGUGAGAAGAGAGCUCUAGCAGCAGAGAGGAGGUUAGCAGAGCAAGCCGCCGCAACAGGAGUCAGCCUCUCUAAUGUCAAGAGGUGCUGGUUGUGUGGAGAGUCUCUGCUUGGGAAGAUCCCAUUUCAGUACCUGGAGUAUUCGUUCUGCACGCCUCGCUGUGUCCAAGCGCAUCGAAAAGCCAACGCUCUUCCAGGCAAAGCCUAAAGAACUUUUCAGUCAAAAGGAAGUUACCUCAUCAAAACUAAAUCUGUGUGCCAAUGUGCUAGUUUUAUUUUCAAUUUUAUUAUGGCAAAUGAUUAUCAGACAACCGGAUGCAUUUUCAGUAUUAAAAUAUAAUGUAAUGUGUAAUUUAUUCACAGUUGUGGAAAAAAAAGCAAAUGCAUUAAAAAAACUCUAAUACUGUUUGUA